CCUCCCAGCUCACUCUUCUUUCCUCUUCAUCUUCUUCAUCUUCUUCUCUAGAAAUGGAGUUCGGAGCGAGCAAUGCUGCAGGCUUCCAUGGCUACAACACCAACACUGUUGCUCCUGCUGGCACCAAGGCAGCAGACAUCAGCAUGGGCUUACCUCCUAAACCGAACCAGGCGCCCGGCGGCAACAACAACACCGAGUGCGUGGUCCGGGAGCAAGACCGUUUCAUGCCGAUCGCGAAUGUGAUCAGGAUCAUGCGGAAGAUUCUGCCGCCGCAUGCCAAGAUAUCCGACGACGCCAAAGAGAACAUCCAAGAGUGCGUGUCUGAAUUCAUCAGCUUCGUCACCGGCGAAGCCAACGACCGCUGCCAGCGCGAGCAGCGCAAGACCAUCACCGCCGAGGACAUCCUUUGGGCCAUGAGCAAGCUCGGCUUCGACGACUACAUCGAGCCCCUCACUCUCUACCUCCACCGCUACCGCGAGUUCGACGGCGGCGAUCGCGGCUCGCUCCGGGGUGACCCGCUCGUUAAGCGGGUCGUUGCCGCCGACCAUGCUUUCUCGACCCUGCCGCAGACCACUGCAUUCCAUCACAUGAUUGCACCGGCGCCGGCGCCGCACCACUCUGGUUUCUAUGCCCCGUUGCCGCCCAUGGAUCUGUUCAAGGAUGCCGUGGCCGCUGGACCGUCGUGCAUUGAGCCGCCGCCGCCGCCGCUGCCCAUGAAUCUGUUCAAGGAUUCCGCGGCUGCUGCUGGGCCUUCAUGCAUUGAGCCGUUGCCCAUGAAUCUGUUCAAGGAUUCCGCGGCUGCUGCUGGGCCUUCAUGCAUUGAGCCGUUUCCACCGCGCAACGAGCAGAUAUGAGCGGCGCCGCCUGAUGUCUGAAAAUGGGUUCUUUGGUAUUGCUUUCAGUUUUAAUUAUAUCAGACAAUGAAGAUGAUGGUGUUGAUGACUCUUGCCCAUUUUCAGAAUUCCAGACUUUUAUUCCAUUCCAUCUGCUGUAUCUUAUCAGACAGCCUACAAUAAUGUCAAUAAUGUCGAGACUCUUCGAUCUUUUUCAAUAA